AUGGAAUGCUUGGGGGCCUUGGGGUCCCGCUACAUGGACGCCGGCACAGCCCAGGUCCUGGCAAACAAAGUUCGGGAAAACCUGAGCACGCGCUCCUGGUCAUCUCUCACGAACGAUCUCAUGAGAGACAUGAACUUCAUCAUGAAGGGCAUCCCUGCUAAUGAAAUCCGUGACCUGCCGCGCCUGGCUCCUCCCAACGAUUUCUCCGACACCGUCACCGUCUUGGGCAACGAAAAGAUGAUGUUCUCCGACGACCAGGCUUGCUCCGAGUACGCGGACAAGGUGCUCACGACAUGGCGGUCGCUGGCCGACAUGUCGGACAAGCAGCUCGCCAUGUACAACCGCCUCCUGUGCGUCGCCAACGCCUCCCUCAUCAACUCCCUUAGUCCAGAACGAGUUGGAAACGCACUGACUUACCUCGGAGUCACCCUAGAAGGCUGCAGCAGGGAGAACGUGUUGACUCCCCUAGCUUUGAAAGCCCUCUCGUAUUACCCUUUCAACAUGAACAAAGCUCAGGUGCGUGAGAUGGGUGUGGUCUUCGCCGGAAUCCCCUAUGACAAAAUCGCAGGCCGUGACGCGAGUUCCUUCACCGGCCUCACGCCUGCCGCUCUGCGCGCCAUGUCCAGCGAAGCCAUCAUUGUACGUAGGGUACCAAAGUACGUAGGGUACCACCUUGGCGCCGCUGGUAAAGCCAUACGUUGA